CAGGGCCCUUUCAUUCUCCUUCUGAGAAGGCCUUCUCCUUCUCACUUCUCCCCCCGCUCUCGGCGCCGAUCAGAAGCCCCGCCGCUCUCGCAGACAAGCCCGCCCGCCCCCUGCGCGCCGCCUCCCCGCCUGGGCGCCGCCGAGCCCCUCUGCCUGAGGGGGGUCUCGUCGCUGCGCCGAGCCGCCGAUGGCGGUGCUGCUCGCGGCCAGCGCGCCGGCAGCGGGCGCAGAGCAGGGCCAGGCCUGCCUCGGCGCCGUUGACAGGGAGCUGCACCACCUGUACCACGACGCGUUCAUGAAGUGGGGCGACCCGGAGCUCGUGCGCGAGUUCCACUCCCUGGGGCCCGGGCGGCAGCGCUCGGUGCUGUCCACGCUGCGGGAGCACGUGGAGGACAGGUACCGCGACCUCGUCGCCUCGCGGGCCUUCCGCUGCGCGGCCGAGGGCGACGGGGACCCGUUGGACGCCGCCGAGCGGGCCGCGGCGGCCGGCCGCGCCGGCGGCGGCGGCGGCGGCGGGGCGCCGUGCUGCCUGCAGCUGGCGCUGUGCCGCGCGGUGGGGCGGCGGCUGGUCGACCCGCGGCGCGGACGGCGCGCGGGCGCGGCGGCCGCGGAGAGGCUCCUGCGUGAGCUGAAGGACGGCGCCGUGCCGCGCUUCGGGCGCGGGGCCUCGGGGCUGGCCCUGGGCGAGCAGCAGCAGGAGGCGGAGGCGCUGUGGCGGCGCGGCCGCGCGGGCGUGGAGGCGGGCGGCUUCUGCACGGCGCGCCGUCGGCCCUGCGGCCUGCGGGCGCCGGGCGAGCCCGUGGACCUGUCCAAGGCCUACCCCGUCGGCUGGAGGGAGCUCUCCCUGUUCUCCGCGCACGAGGGGGCCUUCAUGGAGGGCACGCUGAUCACGCGGAGCCGUGCGUGUCCCCCGCGGGCAACGUGACGGUGCUGCUGCGGGACCUGGACCUGGGCGUCGGCAGGGUGGUCCUCUAUGGGCAGUGGCCCCGAGGAUGCCGCGGGCGGCACCUCGCCGCCCUGGCGCGAGCCCGCUUCCCACGCGGCGCGCGCCUCACGGUCUUGGAGCCCCUCCUGACCAUCACCCGCGACGGCCUCCGCGGCGUGUACGCCGAGUGCCCCAGCGACCUCCGCGUGCGCACGCGCGGGCCUGGCACGAGCUGCUGGCGCCCACUGCUCGCGGAGGCGCGGGCCGCCGGCGACGCCGCGCGGGCGGAAGGCCAGCACGCGGCCGCCGCGGAGUUCUACCGCCUCGCGCUGGCGAGCCCAGACUGCGACGAGGUGGCCGCGAUGCUGUCGGAGCGCUCUGAGGCGGCCCUACGGCUGCAGGCGCACGGGGAGGCCCUCUGCGACGCCGCCGCCUCGCUGCUGCUGCGGCCGGGCGGCGCGGAGUGCUGGGCGCGCUACGCGCGGGCGCUGCGCGGGCUCGGCUGCGGCGGGCUCGCGGCCUGCGCGGAGGCGGCGG